AAGAAGAGAAGUAAAACGCUGCACGUGUUUCCAAAAUGUCUGCCGACAUGGAUGUUGUGUUUUGAAGGGACAUAGACAAUUAAAUGCCAUUUCAGUUUGAUUCUACAUAGUAAAGUUAUCAGCCCAAGACUGAAAAUUGAUAAAAGGGACAGGAUGGCUCAGAGAAAGAAGAAACUGACGAAGAAGAAGAGGCACCCAGCCAACAGGGAGAUGGACCUAGACUCUGACGGCGGAGAUUUUGAGUUGGCUGCUGAAAUUAAGAACGAUGAUUCUCCUGGGAGGAAGCUGCCCCGCUUUCCAGCUGCUUCAGACUGCUUGUCGGAUGUUGAACCUGACACCAGGGAGCUGGUCAGAGCCCAAAACAAGAAAAAGAAGAAGUCAGGAGGAUUUCAGUCCAUGGGUCUUAGCUACCCAGUCUACAAAGGUGUCAUGAAGAAGGGUUACAAAGUCCCCACACCUAUUCAAAGAAAGACUAUACCCUUAAUCCUGGAUGGAAAGGAUGUGGUAGCAAUGGCAAGGACAGGCAGUGGUAAGACGGCUGCCUUCCUGGUUCCCAUGUUUGAAAAGCUGAAGGCCCCUCAAGCCCAAACAGGAGCCAGAGCGCUCAUCCUGACCCCGACCAGAGAGUUGGCCCUGCAGACCCUGAAGUUCACAAAAGAGUUGGGAAAAUUCACUGGGCUCAAGACAGCUUUAAUCCUUGGUGGUGACAGAAUGGAGGAUCAGUUUGCCGCUCUUCAUGAAAACCCUGACAUAAUUAUCGGUACCCCCGGCCGUCUCAUGCACGUCAUCAAAGAAAUGAAUCUGAAGUUGCAGAGUGUGGAGUACGUGGUCUUUGAUGAGGCUGACAGGUUGUUCGAAAUGGGCUUUGCUGAGCAGCUUCAGGAAGUCAUCCAGCGGUUUCCAGACAACAGACAGACUCUGCUGUUCUCUGCCACGCUUCCCAAACUGUUGGUGGAAUUUGCCAGAGCUGGGCUGACGGAGCCGGUGCUGAUUCGCUUGAAUGUGGAUUCUAAGCUCAGUGACCUGAUUAAGCUGUCGUUCUUCCACCUGCGUGUGGACGACAAACCAGCUCUGCUGCUGCAUCUAUUGCGGAAUGUCGUGAAGCCUCAGGAGCAGACGUUGGUCUUCGCUGCCACCAAACACCACGUGGAGUACCUGAGAGAGCUGCUGUCUUCAGAAGGUAUAGACUGUGCCUACAUCUACAGCGCCCUCGAUCAGACCGCCAGGAAGAUCAACAUCGGGAAGUUUGUCCACCGGAAAGCCAUGGUGCUGCUGGUCACCGACGUGGCCGCUCGCGGUAUAGACAUCCCCCUGCUGGAUAACGUCAUCAACUACAACUUCCCCUCCAAGGCAAAGCUCUUCUUGCACAGAGUUGGCCGUGUGGGGCGUGCGGGGCGCGGCGGGGCCACAUACAGUAUGGUUUGUCCGGAUGAGAUGCCGUUUGUCUAUGAUCUCCACCUCUUCCUUGGAAGACCUGUUCAGUUUGCCACCCAUGAACACGCGCAAGAUUCCGACAGCGUGUUUGGCAGAGUUCCUCAGACUAUCUUGGAUGAUGAGGGCUCUCAUCUGAGCACAUCUCAUGAAAACUCCCUGGACCUGCAAAACCUUUUCCGCGUCUCUGAGAACGCCUACAAGCAGUACCUCAAAUCCAGACCGAACCCCUCCCCAGAGUCAGUCAGACGGGUCAAAAAUACCGACCUGUCCAGCAUGGCCGUCCAUCCUUUGUUUGGUUCUGGUUUGGAGAAAAUGGAACUGGAGCGCCUUCAUAUCGUCGAUGCCAUCAAGACUUACAAAUCCAAAUCCACUAUCUUUGAAAUCAACUCGAGCAGUAAGACAUCAGCUAGUGAAGUGAUGCGGACCAAACGCUCCAAAGACACUCGGCUGGUGGACAAAUUCACUAAGCAGAGGGAGGACCGGGCGGCAGAAAGCCGGCUCCCCGUCCCCAUCCCCUCUGCCUCCACAGCUGACGGGGACUUAUCAGAGGAGGAGGAUGAUCUUAAGGGGGUGUUCUCUGAGGUGGUGGGUGGUAAGAGGAGAGGUUUGCCAGAAGACAGAGGAGAGAAUCCAAAGAGCAAGAAAAGCAAGCAGAUGGGCAAAGAUGAGGAGUAUUACAUUCCUUACAGACCCAAAGACUUUGAGUCUGAGAGGGGGUUAAGCCUCAGUGGAGACGGCUCUAAUUUUGAACUGCAGGCCUCCUCUGCUGUCCUCGACCUCAUGGGAGACGAGAAUGACAGGAUGAAUCAGCAUAAAAAAAUAAUGAAAUGGGACCGUAAGAGGAAGCGUUUCAUUAGACCGAUGGGAAAGGAGGAGCAGAAGAAGAUCAGGACAGAUGGCGGCCAGGUCAUCGUCAACAAGAAGAACAGGAAGAACUUUUAUGAGGAAUGGAAGAAGAAGUACAGAGUGGAUGAUGCUGGAUCUGGUUCAGAUGGAGAGACAGGAGGAGGCGGGAGGAAGACAGGAGGCUUUGGCCGACGAGGCCCGAGCUCCCACAAAUCUUCAGCUCCGAAGGUCACGGCCGGUGGCCGCAGAAUCCGCUCCGAGCUCAAAACCAGCGCACAGAUCCUGAAGCAGCGCAGGGUGAGGGAGAAGCAGCAGUUCCUACAGGGUGGAGGGAUGAAGAAAAUCCGUUCCAAGAACAAACAGUGGGUCGGAGAGGUGAAGAAGGGGGGCUUCGGACGCGGCUCCCAGAAGAAGGGAAAGAUGAGGAAGAGACUGUAAGGCGGACGCAGAGGUUGCAGAGGGCAGGUUGUACCGUGAGGAUAUGUCUGAGGACUUUAAACAAUGUUUUGACUAUUAAAAUAUGCCUGUUCUUGUUAGUAACUGAAACCAAAUACACACGUGAAUCAGGCGAUACUCUGUCAUGUCUUCUUCUACAGUCAGUUUAGUCCUCACAGCACAGCUUCUGGUUCAGAUCACUUCAACCAGAGGUUCACCCUUUGUAUGCAUCAGUUUGUUCUUCUGCAGUUGAAAGUCUAAACGCUUUUGGCGAUUUUUUUUUGUUGUUCUGUAAUGCAAUAUGACUUGUUGCUUUUUCCCUUUUUUGCACCUAAAAACAGAACAAAUGGACCCACAUUGUUGACAGCAAAUUUACUUUUAAGAAGUUAAAUAACCCCUACCGAAUAAGAUUAAGGAUCUGAGAUCGUAACUUCCUCAAAACUGCUUCAAUUUAUUGAUCUCAAACCUUAAGUUGCUCCUUUUGCUGUAACCGUUUCAGUCUUGGUCAGAAUGAGUCAACAGCUAUACUGUGCCCUCUUGGGGAACAAGAAACACUGCAUGCGGAUCAUUGAUUGGACUGCUGUGUUUCAGGCUCCAAUCCUGACACUUAUUCACCUCAAGAGAGGAAAGAAUGAGGAAAGCUCAAAAUUCAAAUAGAUUGUCCUGUUUAUGGUAUGCAGCUGAAUAUUAAGUAUGUGGUGACUUGUGUCUAUUGGUCAAAUGUAUUCCAUUUAAGAGCUGCAGCUUGGUUUGAUUGCAUUUAUCGAGUGUCAACAUAUAUUGUUUUAUUGUGUAUUAUUCAUUCUUCCUCAUCUGAGAGGUAUCACAAAAUGACUGGCAGUCAGUCAUCUGGCGAGGGAGAACUGAGUCAUGUCUUUAGCUGCACUGAAGGUGCCAAACAGGAACACAUGUACACCGUUCUUAAGCGCAGCAGUACAGUAAAUACGAGUGUGAGUCCAUGUGGACUUGGUUACAGAGCAGUUUUCUGAUGAUGUAAAACACCUAUCCGCAGUUAUUAAUGGCUGCAGUCGCAUUAGGGUCAGGACUACUCCAUGGACACUCGUCUUUCGGGAUUCUCUGUGAAUGCUGCUAAGGAUGUAGUUAAAUGGUUGGAAGUUGGGUAAUGUAUUUGACCCAAACACAGCAGUUUCUAUGGAGAUCGUUGGAGGACGCACCAGAGAACCAUCAUACUUCAUUCAAAGCACCUCAAAUAACGUCCAUCCAUAACAACCACCAGGAACACCGUCUAAGAGGUAAAUCACCACAGUAGACUACUCUGUGUUAAGUCCCUAUAUCGUUGAUAUACAUUUCAAAUCUUUUCAGCUGUUUCAGUUUGCUGCUAUUUGGUAACUCCAUCUACUUGAUGGAGAAAUCCAAAUCAUAAACUUAUGUAAA